AUGGCGGGUACUAUCAAUACCGAAGUUCUCAUUUGUGGUGGUGGGCCUGUUGGACUUCUUAUUGCCUACUCGCUUGCCCUUCAGGGCGUGGACUCGGUGGUUGUUGAAAAGCAUGACCGUGCGCAGCAGGCGAUGUACGGUCGGGCAGGAACGCUUUACCCUCGGACACUUGAAAUGCUUGACCAGCUUCAACUCUUGGAUGAGUUGAACCAAAUUGGAUAUAUUGCCGGGAACAGUGUGACCUAUAAGAAAGGCCAACUUGUGACCUCGCGAGGAUGGCAUGUUAUGUAUCAGCGGAUGCACGAGACUUUCUUGGAUUACGUUCUCAACAUUCGCCAGAAGCACUUCGAAGACGUGUUCCGGCAGGAGUAUGAGCGCCUAGGAGGAAAGCCUUUGACCUGCUGGCGGCUUGAUAGUUUCGAAGUGCAAGACUCGUGUCCGGAGGAUUAUAAAGUGACAUCGACUAUCACUGAUGUGGCUUCAGAGAAGACAUCGACUGUCAAAAGUAAAUUCAUCAUUGGCGCCGAUGGAGGUCGCUCCUUGGUCCGAAGCCUGGCCGACAUCCCAUUCAACGCCGAUCAAACCGAAUACAAAUGGGUCCGUAUCGAUGGACACUUCACAACAGAUAUGCCAGACGCCGACCUUGGUUUUGCCUCGCUCGAGUCCGAAAGUCAUGGAAACGUGCUCUGGGUGCAAAUGGACCACGGAGUCAAGCGGAUUGGGUUCGCCAUGACAGAUGCAAUGCUGGCCAAGUAUGGCAGUAACCUGACGCUGGAGGAUGCCAAGGUGGAAGCAGUGAAGGCUAUGGCUCCUUUCUCAUUGAACUUUGGCGACAUUACCUGGUGGACGUUGUACAGCAUCAAUCAAGGAGUCGCAGACACCUUCGUCAAGAAUGACCGGGUCAUCCUGGCCGGUGACGCCUGCCACACCCACUCCUCCGGCGCCGCACAAGGGAUGAACACCGGGGUCCACGAUGCUGUGAACCUAUCCUGGAAGCUAGCCGGUGUUGUAAAGGGCUGGUACGGUAACGAGGUCCUUCAAACCUACGAUACCGAGCGACGCCCAGCCGCCCAGCACCUCAUCAACCUCGACAGGACCUUUUCAGCCGCUAUCUCAGGCAAAGUGCCGGACGCCUACAAGGGCCAGAACAUCACCGCCGACGAGCUCUUCACCCAAGCAUUCGACGACAAUGUCCAGUUCAACAUCGGGCUGGGAAUCCACUAUACCAACAACCUCAUCAACAAACCCCCUACCGCAACCAUGGUGACCGCGGGCUGGAGAGCCCCAGACGCGACCGUCUAUGCUCCGGGGUCUCGCUUCCCUGUGCGACUGUUCCAGCUCGCACCGAACACCGGUAUCUGGUCUGUCAUUGUGCUCGCGGGACAUCCGGACAAGACUGGGGCUAGGCUGAGUCACGCGGUGAAUGAGUUGCAGAGGCUGCGCGAUGGAGCUCCUUCAGGGAUGCUGCGAUUUUUCACAGUCGUGGCGCAGGCUAUUGGGGGCGGUGAUCAAUGGUCUCAGAUCCCGAGAAUUGGGAGACUGUACUACGACACGGCGAGAUCGGCCCAUACCGCGUACAAUGUUUCUGACUCGAGUGGUGCAGUGGUUGUUAUUCGACCGGAUGGGAUUUUGGGGCAUGCAGCCCGUUUGAACGAUUUGGGUGAUGUCUUUGAGUAUUUCAAAAGCUUUGUUCAAUCGAGUGCCUGA